UAUGCGUGAGUACAAAAUUGUUGUUUUAGGAAGCGGUGGUGUUGGAAAGUCUGCAUUGACUGUUCAGUUUGUUCAGGGCAUAUUUGUUGAAAAAUAUGAUCCUACGAUUGAAGAUAGCUACCGAAAACAGGUGGAAGUAGACAACCAACAAUGUAUGUUGGAAAUAUUGGACACUGCCGGAACUGAACAGUUUACAGCCAUGCGGGACCUUUAUAUGAAGAAUGGACAGGGGUUUGUGCUCGUUUAUUCAAUAACUGCUCAAUCAACAUUUAAUGACUUGAUGGACCUUCGUGAUCAAAUUCUUCGAGUGAAGGAUACAAACGAUGUUCCAAUGAUACUCGUUGGCAAUAAAUGCGACUUGGAGGAUGAACGAGUAGUUGGGAAGGAACAAGGGAUAAAUCUUGCUAGACAAUUUAACAGCGCUUUCACUGAGGUUUAUAAAAAAUUUUUUAAAAAAUUUCAGAAAAAUUUUUUAGACUUCAGCAAAACAAAAAAUCAACGUCCACGAAGUUUUUUAUGA